CUCCCACCCAUGCUGCUGACGCGGCUGCGCGUCUUUACGUGAGGCGAAUGCUGCUCCCCUUUCCUGGCGGAGAAGAUGGCGGCUCCUGGACCCGGGGAGUAUUUCAGCGUUGGGAGCCAUGUCUCCUGCCUCACCUGCCUGGGUCAGCGCUUGCAAGGAGAGGUCGUCGCCUUUGACUACCCUUCCAAGAUGCUGACUUUGAAAUGUACCCCGUCCAGUGGUAAACCCAAUGUCAGCGAUGUGGUUUUGGUUAACUUGGCCUACGUGUCAGAGGUGGACAUCAUCAAUGACCGUGCCGAAACCCCUCCCCCUUUAGCAUCUCUCAAUUUUAACAAGCUUGUGAAUAGAGCACGGAUGGAAAAGGAAGACAAGUUGUCACAAGCUUACGCGAUUAGUGCUGGUGUCUCUGUGGAGGGCCAACAGCUGUUCCAGACCAUUCAUAAAACCAUCAAAGACUGCAAAUGGCAGGAGAAAAACAUCAUAGUGAUGGAGGAUGUGGUCAUCAGUCCUCCUUACCAAGUGGACAACUGUAAAGGCAAAGAGAGCAGCGCUUUGAGCCACGUGCGGAAAAUAGUUGAAAAACAUUUUCGAGAUGUGGAGAGCCAAAAAUCAGUGCAGAAUUCACAGCAAGCACAACAAACACAGAAGGACUCUGCUAUAUCAUCAUGAGCUCGGGCUCUGAGAGAGGGAACAUUUUGCUGACAAAGGAAGUGUUUUUUUUGUUUUAAAUUAAUAUUUUCUGAUGUUUGUUUGUUUUUUUUUUUUACCAAUCACGAGACAAAGGUUGACAUAGCUGACACUCAGCAUUUUGAGAAGGAAUGACGGUCCUACACAUCUGAAAAGAACAACUGCUCCCACUGACAAAAGAGGCCAAAAAUGUACCACUAGACCCCAAUGUACUUAUUUCUCCAUUCCUUAACUCACCUACUUGUUCAUUUCAUUACAACUUGAUUAGCCACCAAAAUUUUACCAUUUGAAACUGAAAAAUGUGCCACAAAAUGUGUGCGAGACUGGAAGAAAAACUAUUUUCUUGAGUUAUAAAGCCCCUCAUACUAUAACUUUUGUUUGAUUUACUUGGUGGCACGCACAUGGUUUAUUUGUAUUUUUUUAGCUGUUGACUGGUAGGAUGUAAGGAAGAGUUGAAGAAGCAGUAUGGGAAAUUGAAUUGCACAUCUACCCAACGUCUCAUUUUCUCAAACAAUUUUUUUUAAAAUAUAUUGUUAAACGAAGGAGAAACACUCUUGAGUACUGUAUGCAUCCUUUCAGUUUACAAGUUUUCUCGACAUUCAGCUCUAGGGGCAGUUGACAAUAAUGGAGAGCCAAGACUGGAGAAAUAUGUUUGGCAGUAUAUUUUGUUGUAAUUUCCUUCCAUAUUGGUCCUGUGCUUACCAUUUUAAAUACCUCUUCCAUAAUGGGACCAUUUUCUAAGACGCAGUGUAUGUAGAUUUAUGUGUAUUAUUUUCAAACACAUCCAAAUGCAGUGACGGAUAAGAGACUCACGCCUCUCUUUGACUUCCACACAUUCUCCAACGAUGGUCAGUUUUCUUUAGAUAUGUGACGGCGAAAGCCAGCUCAAAUCUUGCUCUUCUCUCGUGACAGGACUGAUGUAUUUUCUGAACAGUAGUCUUUGUAAUCACCUUUUUGGAAAAAGGAACCGUUAAAACGAUAUCUUGUCAUGUUAAGAGACUGGGACAGGGAGAUAUGGGUGGCAGUGGCUCAAAGCCGAAAUCCUCUCCAUCCCAGCCUUGUGAACCUUGUAGCCUGAUGGAGGCUCUAACAGUGGCGCCAAGAUGUGACACGCAUCCAUGUUGACAUACCAGUUUAUAUCACUGUGUGUUAACGAGUUUGCUGAUCACCUAUAGGUUUUUAUUUUAAAAUAUUAAUGGUUAAAUAAAAAAAGAAAACUCAAA